UGAACAGAUGAGAGAAGUGCGCUCCUCGUGACGCCUCGACCUCGGUGCAACACGCUUCCAUACAUAAACCAGUAGCAACAGGGACAGUUGAGUCACACGUUCCCCUGCUUUUGCUCUGUUUCCUUGCCUCUGCGUGCGCGCUUCUCUGAGAGAGAGAGGGAGGGAGGGAGAGGAUGCCGGAGUACUGCGUGACCGGAGGAACGGGGUUCAUAGCGGCGUACCUGGUGAAGUCCCUCCUCGAGAACGGACAUGCCGUUCGGACUACGGUCAGAGACCCUGGGGAUGAUGGCAAGGUCGGGUUUCUGAAGGAGUUGAAGGGAGCCAAAGAGAGGCUGAGGAUAAUGAAAGCGGAUCUGAUGGUGGAAGGAAGCUUCGAUGCGGCCGUCGAUGGCGUCGAUGGCGUCUUCCACACCGCCUCCCCUGUUCUCGUCCCUUACGAUGACAACGUCCAGGCAAAUUUAGUUGAUCCGACUAUAAACGGCGCCUUGAACGUGCUCAAAUCCUGCUCGAAAGCGAGUAGCGUGAAGAGGGUCGUCCUCACUUCUUCCUGCUCCGCGAUAAGAUACCGAGACGACGUUCAGCAGGUUUCCCCCCUCAACGAAUCGCACUGGAGCGAUCCCGAGUACUGUAAACGCUACAAUCUUUGGUACCCGUAUGCGAAAACCAUUGCCGAGAAGGAAGCGUGGAAAGCGGCGGAACAGUAUGGGAUCGAUCUAGUGGUGGUGAACCCGUCUUUAGUGAUUGGACCAUUGCUCGCUCCGCAGCCGACGAGUACACUGCUUUUGACGCUUGCCAUCGUGAAAGGUCUACAAGGCGAGUUCCCCAACUUGACAAUUGGGUUCGUGCACAUCGACGAUGUGGUAGCCACGCACAUCUUGGCCAUGGAGGAAAAGAGAGCCUCAGGCAGGCUCAUCUGUUCAAGCUCGGUGGCUCAUUGGUCUCAAAUCAUUGAGAUGCUCAGGGCCAAGUAUCCACAAUACCCCUUUGAGAACAAGUGCGGCAGUCAGAGCGGAGAUGAUAAUGCACACAGCAUGGACGCCGGCAAGAUAAUGGAGCUGGGGCUUCCUCCAUUGAAAUCCCUCGAGCAGAUGUUUGAUGACUGCAUCAAGAGCUUCCAAGACAGAGGCUUUCUGUGAAGGCAGCUGAGAGCAGAGAUGGAAUAAACUGAAACUCGGGUAAAUAAUGGAAGCCAUUUGCGAUUCUGGUUUCUUAUCUUAUGGUUCAUGUAUGUAUCUUCUCCCCUGCUGAUGAAAUCAAGCACACGCUUGGGGAGCCUCUUUACUUAUUGCAUGUGGGUCUGUUUGUUCACCCUCCUCCCUCCAUAUCCUGCAUGCGCCGCUGCACCAACCGUCCCUUGAUGCCAAGCUCGGACAUGAAUGCCGACAUGAAACUUGGCCGCCCACCGCCCGUAUUUGCUGCGAUCGAACACCAAAACAACCCCGAAAAUCAGAUGCCCGAAAAAACCUUUAGAUUUGGUAUGCACGACCUCAGUUCUGAAUCUCUGAUGCACGCGCGUGGCCUUUGAUCAGAGGUUGAGGUCGCAAGGACAUAAGGUUCGAGGUAGCGCACCUCACUGCAGCGCGGCCCAAGAUCAGAGAGAAUGAUACGCGGCGAUGAGGUGGGAGAGAGAGAGAGAGAGAUGCGGCACUGUGGUACAAGUCGCUUGCCGGUGGUUGUGGUACUGCUGGAGGAUGAUGGCGAUGUUUAUUGAGUUGGAAGGAAAGGACAUGACAUGACAUGGUAGUCUAAGUCAAACAAUUGCACUCUAAUGAUGAAGCAAGGAUCGAUGGUUUUAGCAAUUUACGGACUGGUGAUUUUCCGUAAAGCUUUAGGACAUGGAUGAUUAGGUUAUCAAUCUAUUUUCUCAGUUCAAGCAUGGAGUCAAUCCCAUAAUCAUUAUCCUUUCAGGGACUUUUCCGGUUUUUAUGAGAAAAUAUUAGGUGCGCCGGGCGCUCCACGUCACCGUGCGCCCCGCCCUAUCAGGAUGCGACACGUGUGGCCACGUGGAGCCGGGUCCCGCUUUUUCUUUUAGCCAAAUUUUUGCCGCGUCCUUCUCUCUCUUCAUUAAUGACUGCGUCCUUUUCUCCUCUUUGCACGCAAGCCGUCCUACCCCUUCCCCUCGCGUUCUCUUUCAAAAUUUUUUGUUCUGCAUUUUUCUCCAUGAAACCUGCAACCUCAUCUCUCUCGACCAAAAGCUCGCCAGUUGCCUCCAAGGUUGGCCGCCUCUACCGUCGCCGUCGGGAACCACUCGCUCCGAAGAACUCUUCCGGUCGUGGCUGGGUCCCGAACUCUAACCAUCUUCGCCUCGGCCUCUAAGGUGAGCGCGGACACCCAAAAGCCCGCUGGUCGCCUCCGAGCUCGGCCGCCUCCACCAUCGUCGCCAGGAGCCACUCGCUCCGAAGAGCCUCGCCGGUCGUGUUUGGGUCCCAAGCUUUGACCAUUUCUGCCUCGGCCUCUUCGACGAUCGCGUACGCUCAAAAUCCAGCCGGUCGCCUUCGAGCUUGGCCACCUCCGCCGGUCGCCUCCUAGCUUGGCCACCUCUGCCGUUGCCGUCAAGAGCCAUUCACUCCCAAGAACCCCGCCGAUCGUGGUUGGGUCCCGACCAUCUCUGCCUUGGCCUCUUCGGCGAGCGUGGACACCCAAAAGCCCGCUGCUUGCCUCCAAGCUCGAUCGCCUCCGCUGUCACCACCAGGUGCUACUCGGUCCGAAGAGCCCCGCCGGUCGUGGCUGCGUCCCAAGCUCUAACCUUCGCCGCGUGUGCCUCCUCGGUGAUCGCCGACACCCAAAAGCUCACCGGGCCCGUCCAGCAAGGAUUGAGGAUUGGUUUUCAAAGCAUUGGGGAGGUGGAACCAACAGUUCUAUAAGAAAAAGCAGCAGCAGCAGCCGGCGUUGAUGCAGCGAGCCCUUCUCCAGCAGCAGUCGCUCUACCACCCAGGCCUCUUGGCUCCUCCUCAGAUGUCGUUGUGGCACCUCCCUUUGUAUACAUUGACCAGGUUAAGAAUUCAUUAACGCCACGAAUUGAGAUAGCUUCUCAAAACUCUUGGACUGGGAAAGGUGGAGCUUUCACUGGAGAAAUCAGGACGGCAUUGAAUUUCAAAAUUCAAUCUCUCUUCAAUUCGGCAAGAACUCCAACGGACAAAGGUUUGCUCGCGUUAGUCAAUUAAUCCGCACGUGUAAGGUUAUUCGAUGGCUGAAUCGGAGGGAUCUUUCCAAUAAUAAGCUCAGUGGUUCUAUCCCAUUUUCUCUUGGUGACUUGGAACAUCUGCUAAAGCUGUGAGUGUCAUAAACUAGAAAACAACGAUCACAUGGAGAUGGGAGAGAAGUCAGAUGUCUACAGCUAUGGAAUUGUUUUACUGGAGUUGCUGACUGGCAGGAAAGCAGUGGACAAUGAAUCCAAUCUCCCAUCACCUGAUCUUAUCCAAAACUGCAAGCGAUUCGGUAAUGGAAACGGUUGAUCCCGAUGUCACUGCCCCAUGUAAAGAUCUCAGAGCGUUGAAGAAGGUUUUCCAACUUGCUCUCUUGUGCACUAAGAGGCAACCAUCGGAACGUCCUACCAUGCAUGAAGUGGCUAGAGUCCUCGGAAGCCUAUUGCUGUCCACAAUCCCACUGAAGCAGUUAUCUGCGGUAGGGUCCGCUUUGCUUCCGAGCACAAAGAUCGCUAGUUACAUGGACAAGUAUGCAAAUUUGAAGACUCUGCACUUGGUAAAUUGCUCAGCCAUGAGCACCUCGGAUGCCCAACUCUUCCGUGAAUUUGGUGAGGUGAUCUCUCAUAACAGCAACCUGGACCUUGAAAAGUCGGCUUAAGUAAGGAUGGGUAGGCUUUUAGGUGGGAUGGAGGCAAAGAGGGAAAAUGUAUAUAUGUGGAACUCGACUCUCUCUUGUUAGCAAGCUAGUUUUUGUACUUAUCUAGUUAGUAUCAGCUUUCUAGCUGAAGUGAAAAGGUUGAACAAACUCACUGAUACUGAUAGGUCAAAUGGGGUUGUGCCCCGAUUCUUACCAUAA